AUGGCGCGGAGCCGGUGGUGUGCUUCGGCAGCAGUUCUGCUGUACAUUUGCCUGGCUUUUCUGGCGGCAUACGACAGCCCCGUUGCCAAUGCACAAGGGAGCGAAGCGGCUUUGUCUCAUUUCCUCUUUGACGAGUGGAUGAGUGAUGUUGUGCCGGAGUUGGUCGUCCCAGCAUCCGACCACGAAUCCGAACAGCCCGUCCGCCUCAGAAGAGAUUAUGACAAAUUCCGGGGGCAGAGCGCGGCGUCCGCGCUAAAACAGAACCGUCAGAUUCGCACUGAGAUCUCGAGAAUACUGAGGGCAGUCGAGGGAAUCGAAGCUAGGCAGAAUGACAGUGCGGAAAGACGGAUACACGAGCUGGUACUCGAGGAGAUGAGGGAGGCAAAACUCAAAGAGAAGGCCAGGCGAAAACCAUUGAAGGGGCGGCACAAAAAAAAGGCCCGCCCUCGCGACAGAACGCGUAGAAAAGCCAAGGCGCUCAUGGGAAAGAAACGUCAAGGCAGGAAGGUGCCCAGGGGGACACGGAGGCGUAAAGGGACGAUGAUGUGGCGACCCUGGGACGCCUGGGCGAAACGUCAGGGGAGGAAGGAGAAGCUGCGGAAGAACGCUGGUGGAAGGCGAGUGGCGCACAAGAAGGGCUUCAAUUUGAGGCGGAAACUCUACUUUUUGGCUGCGAUUGUUGCAUGUGUGGUCCUUGGCGUAUUCGCAGGUCUCAUGUCGAGGCACAUUUUGACUUUUCGGACGAAGUUUCGUGUCUAA